AUGUAUGUUAAAAUUGAAUCAGAUCGUCUAAAUUUCCAUCGAUAUAAUCAAGACAAAAUUAGGAGUGAAUUGUAUCAAGGUCUUCAGGAUGCAAUUUUACAUGGUGACAAUAAUCCAGAACAUGUAGGUCGCAGAAUAGUACUUCCUGCUACAUUCAUUGGGAGCCCUCGAGACAUGAUACAACGAUACCAAGAUGCAAUGGCCUUGCUACACAUUGGCAAACCUGAUUUAUUCAUAACCAUGACAUGUAAUCCAAAUUGGCCUGAAAUUCAAGCUCUGUUACUCCCUGGACAAAUGGCUCAAGACUGA